AUGCAGCCAAAGCCGACGGGGAAAACGACGGUAAUGUUGCGCAACUUGCCGAACAACUUCUCGCGUGACAUGCUCCUGUCCAUGCUGGACAAGCGUGGCUUCGCAGGCCGCUACGACUUCCUGUACCUUCCCUUCGACUUCUGCCGCAACGCGAACCUCGGCUAUGCCUUCGUGAACAUGGUGGACGCGGAGGCUGCGGACGCCCUUUGGAAGGCCCUUGAAGGCUUUACAGCUUGGGGGCUGACUUCACACAAGGUGUGCAGCGUGACUUGGAGUGGCCCGCUUCAGGGCCGGGAUGCGCACAUCGAGCGCUACAGGAACAGCCCAGUCAUGCACAGCAGCGUUCCCGACUCGUACAAGCCCGUCAUCUUGGACUGCGGCGUCCGCACGCCGUUCCCGCGGCCGACGAAGAAAGUCAAGAUGCCAACCAUGGUAUCGUUUUAA